GGCUCGAGUGUAGCCUGUGCUACAGUUUACUUAGUUAAAGAAGACUUCUGGGCGUAGAGGAUUUUCUACUGUCACUACUGUACUGCUUAGUACAGGACUGCCACUAAAGAAGACUAGUCACAGGCUGGCUGGGUAUUCACACCUCCUAGAUGCCCGGGCGGGGGUUUGUUGUGGAGCCAGAGAGAGCAGCAGUCAGACUAAGUGGGGAUGGAGGACUUGAAUUUUGUCUCUUUGAAGUCAGUCUUUACCACUAUUGAAGAUUUUAUUUUAAUCAACUGUCGUGGGGUGAGAGGGGCCCUGGAGCAGAGACCCUCUGGACUAAUUUACAGUCAAAUCCACCCCUGGCCCUCAUCUCUUUUCCCGUUGCUCCCCUGAAAAACCUAAACGUCCUCCUCAGAAGGACAUCAGCGACUCCACUCCACCCCUCUACUCCCCCAUCCUCCUCCCCCUCUGCCUAGUUCUCAUGUUCCUCCUCCGGGGAGGUUGGAGAGCAGGGGGCACACACGUGGCCAGCUGCCCAGGCUCGGGGCCACGGUGACAGACAUGGGGCUCAAGAGGAGGCUGGGGCUGUGCUUCCUGGGUGUCAUCUCCCUGCUGGUCAUCUACAUCCUGUGUUUGAGCCUGGAGAUCACCGUCCCCUGGCGCAUGGUCAACCUGAACCUGUCACACUUCCCUGGUCUUGGGUACACACAGGAACCAAACAGGUCACAUGACUCUGAAGACUCUAUUGACGGCAACACACCGUCAGAUGGUUUGGACAGCCUACACAUUGGUUCAACACCAACAACACAUUUCAGGUUAAAGGUACAGUCCACAUCCCCUGUCGGAGUCAGACCCUCAAUGAAACCUGGAGCCAGGGUCAGGACUACCAAGGGUCAAAAUAUUAAAGGUGCUCUCCUCUCCAAUUCAACCAAACCAACAGAGCCACCUUUCAUUGGAGACAGUUACUACAGCGAUGUCGCCCCACCUCAAACCGACUGUCCAAAUAGUAUUCGUAGCAGGGUUCCCCUGACAGACUUUGGGGUGAGGUAUCUUGGCAGGAUCCCUGUCCUCCAGUGGGCCAAGCAUGCCACUCCAGAACAGUACAAGCGCCUCCAAGUGUACCCAGGGGCUCACGGCUGGGGAAACCUUGACAUUGACACUCUGGUGUCGACCCUGUCUGUUCUCAACACAUCGGCCAACUGGCACAUGUUUGAUGACUGGGAUCGUCGUAGCAACGGCUCGCAGUGUGUCUGCUGUGCUGUCGUGGGCAACGGAGGGAUUCUGAAGGAUUCUAAGAAGGGCCGGGAGAUUGACCAACAUGACUAUGUCUUCAGGACCAACGGAGCUGUGAUUAAGGGCUUUGAGCAGGAUGUGGGCUCUAGAACAUCCCUCUACACGUUCUCCACCAACACCCUCCGUAACUCCAUGAAGAGCUACGCCGGAGCAGGCUACAGAGGACCCCCGCUCUCUGAGGAGACUAGGUAUGUCUUCCUGCCAGACCAUGACAGAGAUUACCUGCUGAUGAAAGCAGCCGCCACACACACUCCAGUAGAGAGAGGACCAGAGAAGAGCAAAACGCCACCCACAUACUUUGGAAAAAAUGUGAGUGUAGAAAAGUUCAAGAUGUACCAUCCAGAUUUCAUACGUUACAUCAGAAACAGGUUCCUCCGAGGCCAUGCCAUGCAGACCAAAUACAAAAAUAUAUACCGUCCAUCAACAGGUGCUGUGAUGCUGCUGGCUGCUAUGCACACCUGUGACCAGGUGAGCGCAUAUGGCUUCAUGACUCCAGACUAUAAAAACUACUCUGACCACUACUAUGACAGCAGAUAUCACCCUGUGGGUUUCUUCAUCAACCAUGACCUGAAGAUGGAGAUGACACUGUGGCAGCAGCUCCACCAGGCAGGACUCAUCACGCUCUACAUGCACCAGUGAUCUCAGGAACUAACUCACCCCAGGUCACUAUGGCAACGACCACAUUAAUGACAUACGUCUAUGGUAAUGACUCCGUCUCCACCACUGGCUCCCAAGGUUUGCCAACCCCCAGUAAACUAACUUACUGUUAGUUGCAACUACAAGAUUUAUAGAAAAAUUACUCCACGUCUGACUUCGUCAUUGCCUGCCAUGUUGGAGGUUAGCCAAUACUUCUGAGAAAAUGGUCUCCAUGGAGAUGGGCUUAGCCUAUCCUCUUGAGAAGUCUCUAAAAGGGUGGAGGCAGGUUGCCAGUCAUAGACUGUUGCUGACACUUGCUGAGUUACCAGGAAAACUGACAGAUUCUUUUCAUUCUGGGAAAAGAUUGUUUUAGACUGUGCAGCUGAAGAUUUUUUCAAUGGCCCUGAUUUUGGACAUAUUUUACCAAAUAAUAUUUAUUAGCCUUUUUAUUUUUUUAUUGUUUAAUAUUACCCCCUUUUCUCCCCAAUUCCGUGGUAUCCAAUUGUUAGUAGUUUCUAUCUUGUCUCAUCGCUACAACUCCCAUAUGGGCUCGGGAGAGACGAAGGUCAAAAGCCAUGCGUCCUCCAAAACACAACCCAACCAAGCCGCACUGCAUCUUAACACAGCACUCAUCCAACCCGGGAGCCAGCCGCACCAAUGUGUCGGAGGAAACACCGUGCACCUCGCGACCUGGUUAGUGGGCACUACACCCAGCCCGCCACAGGAGUAGAGACAAGGAAAUCCCUACCGUCCAAACUCUCCCUAACCCAGAUGACGCUAGGCCAAUUUUGCGUCACCCCACGGACCUCCCGGUUGCGGCCAGCUGCGACACAGCCUGGGGGCGAACCCAGAGUCUCUGGUGGAACAGCCCUAGACCACUGCGCCACCCGCGAGGCCCCUUUUAUUAGCCUUUUUAUACUAUUUUAAGACCUUUUUUAGUAUUUUUAAACCAUUUCAGACAAUCAGCUUUUGUGGGUCUUAGUCAGACAUAUGUUUCAAAGAUCAUAACCCCAAGACAUGCUAACCUGUUAUUGGUAAUGGUUAGAGGUAAGAUUAUACCCCCAAGACAUGCUAACCUCUUCUGUUAUUGGUAAUGGUGAGAGGUUAGAUCAUACCCCCAAGACAUGCUUAACCUCCCCUGUUUUUGGUAAUGGUUAGAGGUUAGAUCAUACCCCCAAGACAUGCUAACCUCUUCUGUUAUUGGUAAUGGUGAGAGGUUAGCAUGUAUGAUCUGUGACCCUCCCUCUACCUUUCUCACUCAUCAUUAUUAACAAUUCAUUCAGGAUUUUCUGUAAUCAUGGUAGCAUCCACAUGAAUGUAGAAGUGUUUAGAAACAUAUGCUAUUCUUAUUUAUAAUAAAAAUAAAAAUGACUCUAUUGGGCACAAAAUAAUCUGAAACACUACCAAACUAACUGCAAAUGAAUCCAACAAGUUUGUAGAGUCACAAGCUUGAUGUCGUCAUGGGAACAAAUAUUAAACUUUUACCACUUUAUUUAUAAGAAUCUUUAGGGUUGUCAAUAAUUUUUACCACUACCUUUUUGAGAGAUAAAAUGUAUUACUUGUUAAACAAAAUCUGAGCAAUUGUAAAUAUAAAAUAUAAUUCCCCCAUUUUUUUUGCAUUCAUUAUAGAUCCGUAUUUUAAUUAUUUAUUUUACACAGUUGUUAUUGCUCAUCUUUUUUUAAGGGUGUCAGUAAUUUCGGACCCCACUGUAUGUUGACAAGAGAUAGGGCUGUUGCUGCUGGGCGGGCCACCUACUGAAAAUACCCUCUACCCUCCCUCACUGCCCUAAAUGCUUUCGCACAGCACUGCCGGCAGUAGUCAUGGUCUAUUCUGAUAAGUAGUCCGAUUAUUUUUUACAUGAUAUUACUAUGUUUCUGUGUGGAGUCAGUGUAGUAGUGGGUCAACAGACAACUCAAGUGUUUGAUCCAAAGCAAAGUUAAGGGGAGAAGAUAACUUUUUUUUUUUAAGCCAAAAAGUGUAUUUUUUAUGAAAUAUGUUUUUAAAAUGUAUUUUACUUUCAUACAUGUUUCCUUAUUAAUAUGAGAGAGCAAUGCUACAUAGACAAGAACUGUAUUUGUUUUUCAAACUACCACCAGUGUGUUCCUUAAUGUGAAUCUCAAUAUUUUGUCUGCAAAAUAAGUUGUUGUUGGGGUAACUGGGGAAACUAUUUGAAGUGAAGAAGGAUUCUUCCACAACAACUCCAAAAGGACACUUUGUCAGUGGCCUUUCUCUUCGGGCACUCGCUCCCAGAACAUGAAUGGAUGUUUCCAAGGAUCUCCUGGAGAAUUGGAGUAUGUGUGGCUGGACUAGACAAUAGAGCACCUGGACUCUUCUCAAAGCUAGCCCAGGGCUGGAUUCGUUAGGCACCAACCAGAAGAAAAUUGACUGAAAAAAGGAAGGACUACUUAAACUCCUCCAAUAAGAAACAUUUAUUUUAGUUUUCCGUUGCAAAGCAUUUUGCUAUGCUGUACCCUAAUGAGCAUGACCCAGAAUGAAUAGUGACAAUAGUCACAGAAGUAUCAUUGUUUCUGCUGAAUAUUGAUGCCUGAUGAAUGAGGUCAUUCAGGACCUGAGAAGAACAUUAGAUUAAUCUGGUCACUGUGACCAUAGAGAUUGAUCUCUGACUGAGACUUUGCAUGGUCACCUCCACAUGGGAAGUGGACAUGCACGUGGAAAAUGGUAACACCUACCAAGGCUCACUCAAAAUGUGCACAAAAUAUAUGUGGAGCAGAGUAAAGAAACCAAAGACCCUACAACAGAAUCAAUGAAUUAGCUUAUUUGACAUUUUUGUUGUAUGUCUUUUUCGAAUAACAAUCCUUUAACGAUGACAUGAAAUGGUUCCGUCUUUUCCUCUACGAAGACUCACAUCAGACAUGACUUUUUAAUGUGUACAGAAGAUGUGGUAAACUUGUUUGUUGUUGAUGGAGUUCAUUAACAGGGGGAUUUGGGUUGAGGGAGUUCCUCCAUAAUGCCAUUUUUAGCGUGGAUGUGUUUAAUGUAAUAGAAAUCUCUAAAGAAAUUGAGAAUGAAAGUUUAUGUCUUGUAUUUCUAUUUUGAUAGAAUGUCAUGUCAGUAAUCUGAACAUAAUUAAUGCACCCCCAAAGUAGGCAAUAGUGUUAAUAGUUUGUUAGGAACAGCAGAUUAGGAACACACACCACCAUCGAGCAGUUUUGUAUGAAGGCUUUAACAGCCUGUACAGUGCCCUCAGAAAGUAUCCACACCCCUUGACUUCCACAUGUUGUGUUACAAAGGAGGAUUCAAAUAGAUUUAGUCAACAAUCUACACAAAAUACUUUGAUGUGGAAGAAAAAUGUGAACAUUUGUUUAAAAAAUAUAUACAAAAUAAUGCACUAAUGUAUCUUGAUUGGAUAAGUAUUCAACCCCCUGAGUCUGUUAGAAUCACCUUUGGCAGUAAUUACCCCUGUGAGUCUACAAAAGUCUCUAAGAGCUUUCCUCACCUGGAUUGUGCAAUAUUUGCCCAUUUAUUAUUUUCUAAAUUCUUCAAGCUCUGUCAAAUUGAUUGUUUAUCAUUGCUGACAACCAUUUUCAGGUCUUUCCAUAGAUUUUCAAGCCAAUUUAAGUCAAAACUGUAACUCGGCCACUCAGGAACAUUCACUGUCUUCUUGGUAAGCAACCAGUGUAGAUUUGGCCUUGUGUUUUAGGUUAUUUUCCUGCUGAAAGGUGAUUUCAUAUCCCAGUGUCUGAUGGAAAGCAGACUGAACCAGAUUUUCCUCUCAGAUUUUGCCUGUGCUUAGCUACAUUCCGUUUAUUUUUUUAUCAUGAAAAACUCCCCAGUCCUUAACGAUUACAAGCAUACACAUAAUUUCAUGCAGCCACCACUAUGCUUGAAAAUAUGGAACGUGGUACUCAGUAAUGUAUUGGAUUUGUCCCAAACAUAACAGUAUGUGUUCAGGACAAAAAGUUAAUUAUUUGUCAAAUAUUUUGCAGUAUUACUUUAGUGCUUUGUUGCAAACAGGAUGCAUGUUUUGGAAUAGUUUUUAUUCUGAACAGGCUUCCUUCUUUUCACUCUGUCAAUUAAGUUAAUAAUGUGGAUUAACUACAAUGUUGUUGAUCUAUCCUCAGUUUUCUCCUAUCACAGCCAUUAAACUCAUGGUGAAAUAUUUGAGCAGAUUCCUUCCUCUAUGUCAGCUGAGUGAGGAAGGACACCUGUAUCUUUUGAAGUGACUGGGUGAAUUGAUACACCAUCCAAAGUGUAGUUAAUAUCUUCACCCUGCUCAAAGGAUUAUUCAAUGUCUGCUUUAUUUUUUAUUUGUACCCAUUUACCAAUAGGUGCCCUUACCAAUAGGUGCCCCCAAUAGGUGCCCUUACCAAUAGCUGCCCUUACCAAUUGGUGCCCUUCUUUGUUGGAAAACCUCCAUGGUCUUUGUGGUUUAAUCUGUGUUUGAAAUUCACUGCUUGACUGAGGGACCUUCAAAUGAUCUGUGUGUGGGGUACAGAGAUGAGGUCGUCAUUCAAAAAUCCUGUUAAACAUCAUCUUAUUAUAUGACUUGUUAAGCAAAAUGUUACUCCUGAAUAUAUUUAGGCUUGCCAUAAUAAUGGGUGUAAUACUGAUCAACCCAAGACAUUUCAGCUUUUCAUUUUUAAUGAAUUAUUAAAAAUGAUGAAAAAUAUAA